AUGGUCAAGUCACGCAGAGGUUGUCGUCAGGUCGGGCGCCUGCGUGCGUGCAUAAAAGCUGGCGUCCGCCUGGCUUGCGUACUGUACAGAUCGAGUCUCGAAAACAACCCCCCCUUCGCGAUCGAUCGAGGGUUCCUUGCAAUCAUGGCGCUUCCCGAGUCGGAGCCGCUGCUGCAGCACCACCACCACCAUGCAUCCCCUGCCACCCGCCAUCUCAGCGGAUCGCCGCCCGCCUCAACCACUACCACCACCGGCGCCGUCUCCCGGGCCGCCGGCGUCGCCCGCAUGGACGCCGUCACAGCGAAACUCACCUCGACGCAACGCUUCUGGCUCUUUUUCGGCAUCUUCGUCGUCGGUUACGCCUACGGCCUCGAGAGCCAGGUCCGAUCUACCUACACGCCCUACGCCACAUCGUCCUUUAACUUACAUUCGUACCUCGCCACCAUCAACGUCCUGCGCAGCGUCGUUGCCGUUGCCGCCCAGCCCACCGCCGCCAAGGUCGCCGACGUCUUUGGCCGCUUCGAGGUCGUCGUCGCCUCGACCCUCUUCUACAUCAUUGGCAUGGCUAUUGAAGCAACGGCCACGUCCGUCUACGUCUUUUGCGCCGGCGGCAUCAUCUACCAGAUUGGCUACACCUGCAUCGUCCUCCUCCUCGAGGUCCUCGUCGCCGACUUUUCCUCGAUGCGCGCCCGCGUCUUCUUCAGCUACAUACCUGCUCUGCCCUUUGUCAUCAACACCUGGCUCAGCGGCACAGUCACCUCGGCCGUUCUGCGUGUCGCGACCUGGCGCUGGGGAAUUGGCAUGUGGUGCAUCAUCUAUCCCAUAGCCUCGCUGCCACUGCUCGUCACGUUAUACGUGGUGGACCGCAGUGUGGCCUCACCCGAGCUGGCGCUCGAAUCCCCGAAAGGGAACCCCUCCAACAAGCUGCUGGACACCAAGCGCUGGGUCCGUGAUGUAUCGACGCAGCUCGACGUUUUCGGCCUCCUCAUUCUGGUCGCUUCCUUUAGCUUGGUGCUGGCACCGAUGACUGUGGCUGGUGGUACCGCAUCUCACUGGCAAAAUCCGCGCAUUAUUAUACCUUUGGUGGUCGGAUGCAUCCUCGCGCCAGUGUUUAUCUGGUGGGAAAAGUACCACGCAAAAACGCCCAUAGUACCGUUCCAGCUACUCCGCGACCGCGGAGUUUGGGCAGCUCUGGCAGUUCGCAGCCUUCUCAACUUUGCCUGGUACGUCCAGGGAAACUACUUGUACACCAUCCUUAUUGUCGCCUUUGACUUUUCCAUUCAGAGCGCUACUCGAAUUACAUCCUUCUUUUCCUUCUUUGGCGUUGUCAGCGGUGUCCUCGUUGGUCUUGUCGUCUACAGAGUUCGACGUCUUAAGCACAUCAUCGUUGCAGGAACCCUGGCCUUUAUGAUGGCCUUUGUCAUGCUCAUCAGCCAGCCCGGAGGCGCGUCCAGUCGCUCCAGGAGCGGCAUCAUUGGCGCCCAGAUUCUUCUCGGUCUUGCCGGCGGUCUAUUCGCAUACCCUACACAAGCGUCCAUCCAGGCUUCCGCUAGCCGCGACCACGUCGCUAUUCUAACUGGACUCUAUCUCUCUUUUUACAAUGUUGGAAGUGCUCUAGGAAUCUGCCUCUCUGGAGCCAUCUGGACGCAAACUCUAUACCCCGCACUCGAAUCCAGCCUGGCUUUCCAGCCCAACCGAACCCUGGCCGAGUCCAUGUACAACAAUCCUUUCGAGGUUGUGAAAAACUACCCCGUUGGGUCCGAAAUUCGAUCCGCCAUUAUCGGCAGCUACAGCUACGUGCAGGGCCUCCUCUGUAUUGCUGGUCUCUGCGUCUGCGUGCCGAUGAUUGGCUUUGCCCUGGCACUGCGCAACCCUCGCCUAUCAGACAAGCAAGUCCAGGAAGAGGCAGAGAGAGACCCCUUCGAAGCAUAA